CCUUCAACAGUUCAACUUCCUCAAACCCCUCAAUUCCAUCCUAUUUUACACUCUUCUCUAUAGUCUAUCUAGUCAUGCCGCUUUAUUCUCUUUUAAACUCUUCUAACAUUCAAUUAAACCAAAAUUAAUUGAUCUUUCUCUUCCUUCUUCAAGUUCUAAUCUUCAGCUAUCUUCCCCAAAUUCAAUCUCAAUCAUCAGCAGAACAUGUCAAUAUUCAAUGAAUUUAGACCACUUGACGAGAAAUAUUUGAUCGAAUACAUUAAAUCAACCCCUUCACUUUCUUCUUUGUUGGGUGAUUCUACCAAUUUACAGAUCAAAGAAGUUGGCGAUGGUAAUCUUAACUUUGUUUAUAUCGUUGUUUCCCCUUCUGGUUCUCUUGUCAUCAAGCAGGCUCUACCUUACAUCCGUUGCAUAGGGGAGUCAUGGCCAAUGACCAAAGAGCGUGCAUAUUUUGAGGCAGUGGCGCUAAAAGAGCAUGGCCAUUUGUGCCCUGCGCAUGUUCCUGAGGUUUAUCAUUUUGAUCGUAAUAUGUCUUUAAUUGGCAUGCGCUAUUUGGAGCCUCCACACAUUAUCCUUAGGAAAGGUUUGAUUGCGGGAGUUGAAUAUCCAAUGCUUGCUGAACACAUGGCAGAAUAUAUGGCUCACACUUUGUUUUACACCUCUCUACUUUAUACUACUACAACGGAGCAUAAACGUCAAGUUGCUGAAUUUUGUGGAAACGUGGAAUUGUGCCGGCUUACUGAGCAGGUUGUGUUUUCCGAUCCCUAUAAAGUAUCAGAGUUCAACCGAUGGACCUCUCCUCACCUUGAUUCCGAUGCCAAGGCUGUUCGCGAGGACAAUGUUUUGAAGCUUGAAGUAGCUCAACUGAAGUCCAUGUUCUGUGAAAGGGCUCAAGCCCUUAUUCACGGGGAUCUACACACGGGUUCUGUCAUGGUCACACAAGAUUCAACACAGGUGAUUGAUCCGGAAUUUGCCUUUUAUGGACCGAUGGGAUUUGACAUCGGAGCCUUUCUCGGAAAUCUUAUCUUGGCCUUCUUCGCUCAAGAUGGACAUGCAAAUCAAGAAAAUGAUCGGAAGGCUUACAAGAAAUGGAUCUUGAGGGUACUCGCAGAUACUUGGAAUUUAUUCCACAAAAAAUUCGUCUCUCUAUGGGACGAAAACAAGGAUGGUCCUGGUGAAGCAUAUCUUCCCCAUAUUUAUAACAAUGCUGAUGUUUUGCGGCUUGUGCAAGAAAAAUAUAUGCAGGAUCUGUUUCAUGACUCUCUUGGAUUUGGGUCUGCCAAGAUGAUUAGGAGAAUUGUCGGGGUUGCACAUGUCGAGGAUUUUGAAUCAAUAAUCGAUGCUGCCAAACGAGCUGAAUGUGAGAGGAAAGCACUCAACUUUGCAAAAACGGUCAUGAAAGAAAGGAAAAAGUAUGUAUCCAUUGACGAAGUAAUCUGGAACAUACAACAGAUUGAUUCAUAAGGUUCUCGGAUGAAGCUUAGAUUAGCAUUAUGAAUCCAUUGACAAAGUAUGUAUCCAUUGGGAUAGUUCUUUUCUGAGUGUUGAGGGGAAUUAUAGAUUGUCAUUUCCCAGGAUUAUAAUUGAAGGUGUAUAAAUUGUAUUGCAUUGAGUUUCAUUAACAUUUCAUGUCAAAUCUUGAUGCAAAAUAGACCUAAUUGGUACUUGAA